AUUUUGCAAAGUCGGCAGCGCGACGCGGUUUCGCGCCGUGCCGCGAAGCUGUUGCACCGUAGCGGUACUCAGCAGCGAGCUGUGUUGCAGGACAAGCAGCGGUGCAAGCCAAAGCUUGCGCGCGGCGGCCAGCAUCACUGAUUUCCUGGCAAAGCCAGCGCGCAACAGGCGCAGCAAACCGACGAGGUAGGACCAUGGCCGCCCGCCGCAAAGCGAGAGAAGCGCGCCGCCAGCGCCGCACCCGCUGCUGCCGCUGGUGCUGCAUCAGACUGGCGGUCGUCGCGCUCGGGUCGGUAUUCUCCUCCGUCCUCUUAGUCCUGAGCCACAUGGAGUCCGUGCAGCACGGCAAGUCCUUCGCCGUGUCGCACGCCGGCUCCGUGCACCACGCCAAGAAGGAGCCCGAAGUUUUUGAAAGAAAGCAAAAACCGGUCACGUCUUUGUUGCGCGGUGCGGUGGAGAAGGACGACGACCGGCCGCCCCGCCAUGCGACGGGUGAGCGGUACGUGCCUCCUGAGAGUGUAGAAGUGAAACACGACCUACCUUCUCUCCAGGAAAUCGUGUCCACACUCAGAAACUUUCUAGAUGAAGUCCACCGAGCCUUCGGACGCGCGAAACGCAAGACGCGGGAGGAGGUCUGGGCCGCUUAUGUCGCUGUCGCGGAGACGCACCUCUUACCCUUCGAGAAACGGGUCCACCGAACCAAGCGACCUGUCAGAAGUGAUGGCUCGAUCUUUGUAUCAAUAGCCGCGUAUAGGGACCACAUGCUCGCCAAUACUCUGACGGAGCUAUUCACGCACGCGUCAAAACCCGAAUUAGUCAUUGCGGGCGUCGUCCAGCAGAACUGCGUCGUAAAGUGCAAGACUGGAGUGCAAGUCGUCAGCAAGCCGGGCGAACCGGUAAGAACAAAAGUGUCGGACGCGCCGGCCGACGCGGACGGCGUCGCGGACUUUUGCGCUUCUGCCGUUGGUCAACCCCAUUGCCGAGCGGGCCGCGUGCGUGUUUUGAGGGUGAACGAGACGGAGAGCCUCGGGCCGGCCUUCGCGCGGUAUCUCGCCUCCAAAUUAUGGCUUGGCGAGCAGUUCUACGUGCAGAUCGACGCGCACAUGUGGGCGAGAGAUGCGUGGGACGACGAAUUGAGGAGUGAGAUGCUGGCGACGCCGUCGUAUCCUCGUUCAGUGAUGUCCGCCUAUCCUCCUGGACCCUCGAACGGCUGGCAGAGCAUGGCGCCGUCCGGAAAACUGUGCUCCGGUACUUUUAGUACAUCUCCGGUAGAAGCCCACAUCUUCAGGUUAGGUGGAGGCGGGGGCGGUCGGAACAUCGCCGCCCCCGCACCGGAGCCGCCUAGAUCCAUCUUCGUCGGCGCGGGCUUCUUCACGGCACAUUCUAGUUUCUUACAAGUGGCGCCCUUCGACCCGUUCUUACCUUUUGUAUUUAUGGGCGAAGAAAUCAUGCUCACCACAAGGUUUUACACGAAUGGUUUCGAUGUGUAUUCGCCUAGGGUCAACUUCUUCGCGCACCAAUACAGACCUGGGAGGUUAGGUCUGCCGAAGUUCUGGGAAAGUCAAGAUAGGGCUUUUGGGAGUGGUGGUUCGAAUACGAGAUUUAUGCUGAUGAUCGUGGAUAGGGUCAAACAUAUGGUUGGCUACGAGUCUCCCGUGAAGAACCCGGACGUCCUCAAACACGUGAGCGAUCACGAUGGCCCAAACUAUGGCUUGGGCAGUCAUAGAACACUGACCGAGUUCCUGCGGUUCGCGGGCCUAGACAUGGUCGCGAUGACGGCGCGCUCGCCGAGCUGGUGCGCUAGGAACGAUUACCCGCCUAACUAA